AUGGACGCGUAUGAGCAGGUCCGCAUUAUUGGCAAAGGCUCUUUUGGCGUCGUCACGCAGAUCGUGCGCAAGGCCGAUCGCAAGAUGCUUGUGUGGAAAGAGGUUAACUACGGUGCCAUGAGCGAGAAGGAGAAACAGCUCAUUGUCAGCGAGGUGAACAUUUUGAGAGAAUUGCGUCAUCCGCACAUUGUUCGAUACUUGGAUCGAGUGAUUGACAAACAGGCUACAAGAAUUUACAUUGUCAUGGAGUUCUGUGAAGGAGGUGAUCUUGGCCAGUUCAUUAAGAGGAAAAAACGGGAGGGGUCUUACAUCGAAGAAGGAUUCAUCUGGCACAUUUUCACGCACAUCUUUUUGGCAUUGAAGGAAUGCCAUCGUCACCGCGAAGGCAACGUCAUUCGCCCAAUUCUUCACCGUGAUAUCAAGCCGGGUAACAUUUUCCUAGACUCGAACAACAACGCAAAGCUUGGUGACUUUGGUCUUGCCAAGGAAUUGAGCAGUGAGUCUCGCUUUGCACAGACGAAUGUUGGAACACCGUACUACAUGAGCCCGGAGAUGGUGAAUGAGAUGACUUAUGAUGAUCGCUCCGACAUUUGGGCACUGGGAUGUUUGCUUUACGAAAUGGCUACCCUUGGCCCACCUUUCGACGCGACCAAUCAGUUAGCACUCGCCAAGAAAAUUAAUGCUGGCAAGUUCACGCGCAUCCCGUCGCAGUACUCAGAGGGCCUUUUCCAGGUAAUUCGUUGGAUGCUCCAUAGACAACGCUCUCGACGACCGAGAAUCGAAGACUUGGAGCGUGUACCGCAGCUGCAACAGAGAUUACGUGCAUACUCGGCGGCUAGCACGCCGCAACCAGCAGCUGCUGAUCCGAAUUUGCAGACUUCCUAUAAUCAGAAGAUGAAGGAGCUUUUGGGAAUAGAGGAAGACUUGCGCCGACAGGAAGCUGCUUUGAUGGCUCGUGAAAAGAAGUUGAAAGAGCUGGAGGUUGACUACAUGCGUCGUGAAAGCGAGCUGAAGAAACGCGAGCAAAUGGUAGAGAUGAUGACGCGUAAGUUGUCGUACAACGGUGCUAAGGUUGGGUCGCCAACAUCUGAUGAUUCCAACUCCAGUGCAGACAAUAACUUUAGUCUCGGAGGCCCCCAAAGCCCUAAACGGCGAGGAGACGUCGGUGGGGACAGUCCAUCAGGUCGUGGUGGCCUCCAAUCGCAGUCCUCAGGAGAUCUGAAUGCGAAAGUCGCUGCAGAGGAGGGUCAACCAAAAUCUCAGCGCGGCGGAGGUCACCCUGCCAAAGGCCAAACUAGCCCUUACUGUGGCCCAACGGGCGAAGUCGGCUCGACUCCGUCGACGUCAAACCGACUUCGCGACGCCCCCGAACAAGUUGCGAACUUGAUGAAGGGAAUGUGGAGGAAAAACAAUUAG